GGAGCAGCCUGGCACUGGGGAUGAUGGCCCUGGCCCUGACACCUUGGGGAUGGCACUCACACUGGGUGGUAGCUGUGGGGCUCAGGGAGAGAGAGGGAAGGCCUGGGGAGAAGGAGAGGGCUGGCUGUGCUCCUGCAGGUGUGUUCGUGGUGCUGCUGCUUGAAUGUGCUGCUGUCAGUAAUUGCAUUAGCCCGGUGGGGCUCUGGCCUUAAUUUCAUUAGCUUGGUGUCUGUGGUUAUUGCUGGACAUGAGGAAGGGCAGGGAUGGAUGGGGAAGGGCUGAUGCAGCAGCUCCCUUCCUCUCCAUCGCCAGGGAGGCAACUUGAUUUUGGUGACUUGUGCCUGUCCCAGGCCAGUGACAUGGACCAGUGCAACAGAUGCAUCAGGUUGGCUCAGUCACUUUGCCAGCCUGGAGAAAUCCAGUUUCAAGUCCCUGCUCUGGCACUGACUUCCUGUUUGGCCCAGAGUAGGUCACCUGGUGUCUGUGUCACCCUCAGAGGCCAGCAGGGAAGAGAAUGGGCAUUUUGGCUUGGGGCACUCAGCCCGGUAGCCCUUAUUGCACCUCAUUAGCCAUGUGAAGGGAGGCCCAGCUCUAACACCAGCACCCCCCACAGGAAAUGGGUUUUCCCUGGAAUUCUGUCACUCUCGAGCAGUGUGGCAGGAGGAAGAUGAAUGCUGUGGGAUUAUAAGAGAUGCAACCUUUUUUUUUUGGUCAUAUGUAUGGCAUCAGUAUAUACAUAGACUGCCUUUGCCUUUAAACAAAGAUGGGGUGGGGCUUGAUGGAAUUCUUGAACAUAUUUGGGGUUUUCCUAGUUCAAGGAAAAGGGACCAUAUUUACUUUCCAGCUUUCCUGGUUGUGGCACAAAGUGGGAUAAAAUUAUUCCCCUGUAGGCCCUUAUGCAGUCAGGCUCCAGAGACCAGCACCCUAAAGGCUUGGUGGAGCAGUACUGGUGGAAGAGUUCUUUGAGAUGCUGUUCCAGCACACCCAGAAAUCUAUCUGCAGUACAGUGGCCUUGGAAAGUUACCUGGGAGGUGAGUGAGUGAGUGAGCUGGGGAUCCCAACACGAUGUUAGCAUCUCGGUUGGCUUGAGCAGUUCUGCUUUGUCAGGAGCCCUGCUCUGACAGAUGCCCCCAUGUGUGGCUGCUGGAUGCCCCCUGGCAGCACUGAAUCCCCUCUGGGUGCAGCAUGGCUGUGGCUUUCCUUCCUAAAUUAACAGUGGCAGACUUCUCCUUUUACACAACCAUGAGGAUGGGCAGGAGAAUGAAAAGCAUUUAAACUCUGAAGCUGUGAAUUGUGCUAUUCUACAAGAAACUGAGGGGCUGCCUCUGUAAGGUCCUUCAGUACUGCUUAAGAGAGGCUGGGCUGGCUCCUAGAGUCUGUCUGUCACAGACUGACUUGGGUGCAGGGACUGGAACUUCUCCACGCUCCAAAAUCCAUGGUGGUCUCCUAAAUUAAUUGCCUGCCACUUGACUUGCCUGAGGAAAGGGCCUGGAGGGGUUUCCUUGAAGUUGCUCCGAGUGUGCAUGUGUUCUGCAGUGCUAAGCACUCACUAACCCAGAUCUGCUAAAAAUCAAUAAAGUAAUCCACUUACUGCUUGGGACUGCCAACCUUUUUAAGGAGCUCAGAGCUGUUUUGUCUUCUUUCCUCUCCCAAAGAAAGAAAAGAGCUGUGGGGAAGGGGGUGCUGACAGAGCUGGUCUAAAAUCAGGCUCUUUGCUCUGGGCAGAUCAAUAAAAAUAAUUCCCUACUAAAACUUCAUUAGCAUGGAAUUAAAGCUGCUGAGAUCCCUCGUGGUGGGUAAGAAUAAAUGGUACUGCUAAACCUCGGCACGGCUGGUGCUUAGAACACAAAGCUGCUCACACCUCCCGGUUCCCAGGGCACGCAGCUGCCUCUGCCCCUGCCUGGCAAGGGCACUAACCAUCCUGUCCAGCCUGAGGGCAAGGGACAAGCCAGGCUGGCAUGGCAGGGAGGUGUGACUCGAGCAGGUGGAAGCGAAACCGGUGUGGCAAGAGUGGAUUUGUGUCGAAACAGCAUCUGAGUCCCGAGUGCUGGAGGGCACCUGGGGACCAGGGGCACGAGGGACACUGCAUCUCUGCAGGGGUGCUUGACAGGCAUGCCAGAGCUUUCCCAUGACACCGGAUCAGAGAAACAUCCCUCUGGAAGGUUGUGUGUGGGCUGCACAAAGUUCCUCUUUGGUGUGGAAGUUUUGGAUCUUAUUGAGAGAGUGUAUGUGUGUGUGCGUGUGUGUGAGAAAAAUCACUACUUUUGAAAGCAGGUUGUUUGCUAGGCUUUUUUGAUUGAAAAACAUUUUGUUUGGUCUUGUGACAGAGGGAAAAAAACUUGCCCUGCUGAGAAAUCCAAUUUUCUAUCAGGAGAUUGAAUCAAGCCACCUUGCAGCGUGUUCCUCAGCAGCGCCCUGGGUUUCUGCCUGCAGGGCAUUGAGGUAUCCCUGCCUGGUGCCAGGCUUUUGCUUACUGCUCCUAACAUGGAUUCCCAGCGUGGCUGUUAAAGAACAGCAGUGGAGGCAAAGCCAGUGUUAUCCUGGAGCAGGCAGCAAACUUUGCCAACAGGCUAGGAAUCCUUGUGGUUGCUGGGAUUGACACCACUUGGAUUAGACAAGGUGGAGCAUGGGGCAGCCUCCACUGGAACAGGAGCUGUGCCUACAUCUCCUGCACCUGGAUGUAGCUCUGAGCACUGGAAAGACUGGCCUGAGCCGAGGACAUUCACUGAGGAUGGCCUUGUUGUAUUUUGGGGUGGUGGCAGGGCAGGACACCAGCUCAGCUGAACAGGAGAGGGACAGGACACAGCACCCCACAGUCAGAUCCUGCUCUGUUGUGCUCUUGUGCUGGUCAUCAAACCCUUUGGUCUUUCCCCAGAGCUCAAAACUUGUGGCCAGUGAGAGGGAUGUGUGCUCAGCUGCCUGUUCUCCUCUAAAAACAGUUCUGCAGUGCCAUUAUUGUUUGUGCAGUAAAACAAAUGAGAUGUGAAAGGUGGCCAGAUAGAAAAUACAAGAGUGAUCUCUGCUGUUUGUAUUCCCCCUGCAAGACUGCAGUUGCUUGAUGGGUUUUUUGCCUCAGUAGAACCUACUCUGAAUACUGAUCUCUUGGUUGGUUUUUUCUGUUUUUUAACUGUGGAAAAAAAAAGAAGGUGUGUGUAAACCUACGCCACAGCUAGCGGGCUAUACUGAAUGCUGACACGACUGCCUGCAAACCUCCUUGCUCCUGACAGCAGGCAGGUUAUUCAUUUGUUCUGCUCUUUGGAGAUGCACUCCCAAGUGUUAGGUUCCCAUUCCCAGGUAAACUCUAAGUCCUGGAGCUGAUCUGAUGUACCUGCUGCCCUAAAGAGCUGUGCAUCCAUGCCGUGGUGUCCUCCCAGUACUGCACAUCACCAAGUCCUCACACGCAGAUGCAGAGCGGAAACUGGAGGAAAUAAAAUCACCUUUUAAAAAGAAAGGCUGUUAAUAUAAGGGAGAGGGAAAACCCCUUCCCUUGCUUAAAGUCUAGCUAGAGAUAAAUGGAUGUGGCAAUGUCUGAGAGCAAAGGAAGAAAGAGCUAACAAGGGCAACCUUUCCUUCUCCUGCAGAUGUGAUACCUCAGGGCUGACUGCACCUCAAUCAGCCUUCCAGCAUCUUUUGUGCCAAAGGACAAAAUGGGUCCUGGGGUGACCUGGAGGGAGCCAAGUGCCAGAAGGCUCCUGUAGGACACCAAACAUCCUAAUCUGCUCUUCCCUCUUUUUGUCUUGCUGCUGCAUGCCAUGCUCCCCAUGGUCCCCUGAGAAGGCAAAGCCCCUUGCUAGCCCCUGUCUCUGCCACGUGGCUGGUGGCGGUGUCAGUGGCAGGUCUGCAAGCCACCUUCUCCUCCAGCACACAUGUUAAUGCAGACCUCCGGCAAAAUUGCCCCCUCCUCCAUUCCUUUGAGGUGGCUUCAUUUGAGGCUUCUCAGAUCAGACCCCAGAAUCAGUGGGCUGUGCUGUACCCUUGGCUCUCCCCAGAAGCGCAGGAGUUGGGCUGGGGUUUGCCGGUCAGGGAACUGGGGCCGUUCCUGACCCAGAGCACCAGGCACUGGAGGGGGCAGCGCUGGGCACCGCAUGCGGCCCUGCCCCGGCCACAGCUGGCUGCUUGUUUCUGCUUAUUCCCGCACAUUUCCCGCAGAACUUCAUUGUCGGGAGGGCUGGGCAUUAGAUGAAGUUGUGGAUAUAGGUUUGGGGCUGUCUGAAGCUCUGCUGUGAACUUUACAGACUGUAUACAGCAAGGAUUGAGCCCCCGGGCUCUGUCCUGUGUCCCACCUCCUCUCACCCUACACAGCUUUAGCAAGUGGUUCAUGAGGCUUUUGGUGUGGUUUGCGUGUCUUUUGUACUCCUUCGGGUGGGGCUGGGGAUGAGAGCUCAGCUGCCAGCUCUGCGAGCCCCAGGAAGGUCCUGCUGGUCCUCAGCCUUGCCUUUCCUAGCGGUGCCUGCAGCCCAGCAGCACAGGGCCGUGCCGUGAUUUCGGCAGCGCAGCUGAGGCAGGAUUUGGUGUGGGAUGCGGGCGUGGAUGUGCAACUCCUCCUGGCGAGGGCUCUCCUUUCCCUGGCCGCACAGACCCUCCGCACGGCCGGAGCCGCUGGAACCAACACACCGCGCCGAGCCUCCGCUGGUGGAGCAGCAAAUCACCCCCUCCUUCCCCACGAUGCUCCUCCCCCGAACAACUCAACCUCUCCCCCUCCUCCCAAUUCCCGAUCCAUACCGGAGCCGCCGAGCAUUGAUUGGCGUCUCCGCCGGGCGAUUAUGCUGCGUGCCCGGAGCGCCGGGAAUUCGCAGGGAGCCGAGCCAGCCGAGCACGGGAGCCGGCGCUGAGCGGGGCAGCGAGGGGAUGGCGCGGCCCCGGCGGCUGCCGGCGUGAGGCGAGGAUGAGCCCGCGGCGGGAGGAAGCUGCCCCGGCGCCCUCCGAGAGCCCCCGCUCCUGCAGAGCCAUGCCCCGACCCCGGCGGGCUGCGCUGCGCUCCGGGCAGCUUUGAAGUUGAGAGGAGGCACUUGCGUUGAGAAAGGCGGGCGAUGAACUGAAGAUUAAACAUGUAUGGGAAUUAUCCUCACUUCAUUAAGUUUCCUGCGGGCUUUGGCAAUUCCCCGGUGCACGCCAGCUCCACGUCCGUGAGCCUGUCCUCGGGCCUCUCCACGGGGAGCCCGGUGCUGGAGGGGCCCCCCAGCUUCCUGGAGCCCCCCGGGAGCGCCGGCCGGGCGCUGCCCGCGCCCAUGAGCGCCGUGGGCUCCCCGGUGAGCGCCCUGGGCUCGCCCUACAGGGUCAUCGCCUCCUCCCUGGGCUCCCACCCCGUCGCUCUGUCCUCGGCCCCCGGCAUGAACUUCGUGGCACACGCCAGCCCACAGCUCAAUGUCCUGAACAAUGUCAGCAGCUCGGAGGAUGUCAAGCCCUUGCCGGGUCUCCCGGGGAUGGGGAACAUGAAUUAUCCAUCCACAAGUCCAGGAUCCCUAGCCAAACACAUCUGUGCCAUCUGUGGGGACAGAUCCUCAGGGAAGCACUAUGGGGUGUACAGCUGUGAGGGCUGCAAAGGCUUCUUCAAGAGGACGAUCAGGAAGGAUCUGAUCUACACCUGCCGGGAUAACAAGGACUGCCUCAUCGACAAGCGCCAGCGCAACCGCUGCCAGUACUGCCGCUACCAGAAGUGCCUCGCCAUGGGGAUGAAGAGGGAAGCUGUGCAGGAGGAGAGGCAGAGGAGCAGGGAGCGCAGUGAGAACGAGGCCGAGUCCACGAGCAGUGGCAGUGAGGACAUGCCCGUGGAGAGGAUCCUGGAAGCUGAGCUGGCAGUGGAGCCCAAAACAGAGGCCUACAGUGACGUGGGCACAGAGAGCUCGACAAACGACCCUGUCACCAACAUCUGCCACGCUGCUGACAAGCAGCUCUUCACUCUGGUCGAGUGGGCCAAGCGCAUCCCCCACUUCUCCGACCUGACGCUGGAAGACCAAGUCAUUCUCCUCCGGGCAGGCUGGAAUGAGCUGCUCAUUGCCUCUUUCUCCCAUCGCUCUGUGUCAGUCCAGGACGGGAUCCUGCUGGCCACGGGCCUGCACGUGCACCGCAGCAGCGCCCACAGCGCUGGCGUGGGCUCCAUCUUUGACAGGGUUUUGACAGAGCUGGUGUCCAAAAUGAAAGACAUGCAGAUGGAUAAGUCGGAGCUGGGGUGCCUGCGAGCCAUUGUCCUGUUUAACCCAGAUGCCAAGGGUUUGUCCAGCCCCUCAGAAGUGGAAUCUCUGCGGGAGAAGGUCUAUGCCACGCUGGAAGCCUACACGAAGCAGAAGUACCCCGAGCAGCCAGGGCGGUUUGCCAAGCUCCUCCUGCGCCUGCCGGCACUGCGGUCCAUCGGGCUGAAGUGCCUGGAGCACCUCUUCUUCUUCAAGCUGAUUGGAGACACCCCCAUCGACACCUUUCUCAUGGAGAUGCUGGAGACACCCCUGCAGGUCACUUGA